UCCCCCUGUUUACACUGGGAGCAUGGGAGCGGACAUCAGGACGGUGGUCCUUGCAUGGGGGAUCUCCAUUUUCAGACCUUGCCAUAGCAAAGUCUGUUUUCAAGCUGGGAAGAAGGUAAAGUUUGUGACAGCUCAGUGGCUCAAAAAGGAUCGAAUUUCAAGAUGCUGAGCACCAGGGCAUUUCUGUUGCAGUUGUGUUUGAGUCUGGUGGUCUCCAGUGGCUCCUGUACCUGCAAACCUCUCAAUAAUGACAUCCAAAGCGACAACCCUGAGGAAUCUUACUCUCAGCUGUCAGAGGAGGACCUUCUGGAAGAAGAAGCAGCUGACUUGAAGAUGGAGAACCUCCUCGGAACCAUGAAGGAGGGCUUUUUGAGGAAACUCAACCUGUCGGACGUUCCUCAGGAGCACGGCAAGAUCGAACCUCCUCAGUUCAUGAUGGAGCUGUACAAUAAGUACGCCUCGGACAGCUCGGCUAGCCCUCAGUCUGAUGUCAUACGAAGUUUCACUGUCCAGGAUAUCACACUCUCUUUGACAAAUGGCACAAAGUCAAAAUACAGGCUGCAGUUCAAUGACACCAUACCCAACCACGAAAAGAUCACCACUGCUGAACUUCAGCUCUUCUUCUUCCCGGAAGCCAGGUCAAGGUUGACCUCCCGCAGUUUUCAGGCCACAGUCAAAGUCUAUGAAGUGGAUGAAAAAGAUUUUACAACCACGACCCAUCUACUGGUUGGCAAAGAGGUAACAGGACCACAGAGUACGUGGACGACGUUUGAUGUGACAACAGCUAUUCAGAACUGGAUCAAGUCAGGAAAUGGCGCAACUGUUAUUGAUGUGGUGGUGGAUAGGAAGAACUGUGGGGCUUCUGGCAUUGGAGAGGAAGGAGCAGGCUGUUUAAAUAUGAGCAUGUCUGUUGGCGAUAACACUUCAGCAGCUUUGAUCGUUUUCUCAGAUGACCUGGGUAGCAGGAAGAGGGAGAAUAAGAAGGAGAUUAAGGAGAUGAUCCUCCAUGAAGAAGAAACCAUCUUACACUCGGGCGCCGACUGGAAUAGAGGGGAGCAAUUUCCAAACAUGAUCUUGGAAGCUCAGCGUCCACGGAGAAACAAGAGAAAGGCAGAGAGGGAAUACUGCCGACGGACCUCGCUCAAGGUCAACUUUAAAGACAUUGGCUGGGACAGUUGGAUCGUGGCGCCUCCAGGAUAUGACGCCUUCGAAUGUAGAGGGCUGUGCUACCACCCACUAACGGACGAAUCAACCCCAUCCAAACAUGCCCUUAUCCAGACAUUGAUCAACAUUAGGGACCCCAAGAGGGCCAACAUGGCGUGCUGUGUCCCCAUCAAACUGGACCCCAUUACAGUCAUGUAUCAGGAGAAUGGACGUCUCACUAUAAGAUACCUGUAUGAAGAGAUGAAGGUGGCAGAGUGUGGCUGCAGGUAGUUGGAGAGGGUUGGUUGUUUGCUUUGGUGGUAGCACAGGUGAUUGUAAUAGUUCUAAUGCUGCAUUCCAUUCAAGUAAGUCUGAUGUUCACAGGUGAGAAGUUGUGUAACCAUCACCAUGGCCCACAUUGGUCCACUGGCGAGAGCUAAGACCAGAUCUAAGAUUAAAAAUUAACACCUCUCACAACUUUCCUAUUUAUCCCAAUGCAACAGCAUCAGUGAUAUUCUUUAAAAAAAAUGAAGACCAAUCCAAUCAUACUGGUCCAAAUUGCACACACACUCAUAAAUAUAAUUCCCCUAAAUGAGCAAUUU